GUAACGUGUAAAAUCGAAAAUAUAAUUACAAAACGCUAAACCCGCCGAAUUGUGUAUUCUUAAUCUUUUGAUGGGUAAUCCGUAAAACCUUUACAAAACCCAAGCCUUAUCCAACCCUCCCAUCUAUGCAACCCUCAGGCCUCAACAAUGGUGAACAUCUUGUCAUCCAACUUCAUCUCCUUCAAUACUUCACUCCAUCCUUCUUCCCAAUUCCUCUCUCCUCCGUUAAGACCACUUAAUUCCGUCAUUGUAUCGGCGGUAACAUCACCGGAGCGAAAAUCUCGGCGGCGACGACAGCCGAAGGGGGAGAACACUUCGGCAGUUUCAUCUGCGAUAGAGAAAGGGUUGAGGCUUGUAUUCAUGGAGGAAUUGAUGAUUAGGGCUAGAAAACGAGAUGCAAUUGGAGUUUCAGAUGUUAUUUAUGAUAUGAUUGUUGCUGGUCUUACUCCUGGUCCGAGGUCUUACCACGGAUUAGUUGUAGCUCAUGUUCUUAAUUCUGAUGUUGAAGGCGCUAUGCAAUCCCUGAGAAGGGAGUUGAGUGUUGGGCUUAUUCCCCUCCAUGAGACAUUUGUAGCACUGAUUCGUCUAUUUGGAUCAAAAGGUCAUGCUGCUAGAGGUUUAGAAAUCCUCGCAGCAAUGGAGAAGUUAAAUUAUGACAUCUGUAAAGCUUGGUUGGUUCUUGUUGAGGAGUUGGUUAAAAGCAACAAUCUAGAAGAUGCCAAUAAGGUCUUUCUAAAGGGUUCGGAGGGUGGGUUGAGGGCUACGGAUGAGAUUUACGAUCUCUUGAUUGAGGAAGACUGUAAAGCUGGGGAUCACUCUAAUGCCUUAACUAUUGCUUAUGAAAUGGAGGCAGCUGGGCGAAUGGCUACAACAUUCCAUUUUAAUUGUCUUUUGAGUGUUCAGGCAAACUGUGGAAUACCGGAAAUUGCAUUUGCAACAUUUGAAAAUAUGGAAUUUGGAGAAGAUUAUAUGAAACCGGAUACAGAGACAUAUAAUUGGGUGAUCCAGGCGUAUACUAGAGCUGAAUCCUAUGACAGGGUGCAGGAUGUGGCUGAGCUACUCGGCUUGAUGGUUGAAGAUUAUAAAAGACUGCAACCUAAUGUGAGAACUUAUGCGUUGUUGGUGGAAUGCUUCACCAAGUACUGUGUGAUACGUGAAGCAAUUCGACAUUUUCGCGCAUUAAAAAAUUAUGAAGGGGGCACAAAAGUUUUACAUAAUGAAGGAAACUUUGGUGAUCCACUCUCUUUGUAUCUCCGAGCAUUGUGUCGAGAAGGAAGAAUUGAAGAGCUAUUGGAUGCUUUGGAAACUUUGGCUAAGGAUAAUCAGCCAAUCCCACCAAGAGCUAUGAUUUUGAGUAGAAAGUACCGGACAUUAGUAAGCUCAUGGAUAGAGCCAUUGCAAGAAGAGGCUGAGCUUGGAUAUGAGAUCGACUACAUGGCUAGAUAUAUCUCAGAAGGAGGACUUACUGGUGCACGCAAACGCUGGGUUCCUCGAAGAGGAAAAGCUCCUCUGGAUCCUGACGCUGAAGGAUUUAUUUAUUCAAAUCCUGUUGAAACCUCUUUCAAGCAAAGAUGUCUUGAAGAAUGGAAGACACAUCAUAGGAAGCUUUUGAAUCACUUGAGGAAUGAAGGACCAGCUGUUCUUGGACCAGAUACAACAGAAUCUGAUUAUUUGAGAGUGGAGGAAAGAUUAAAGAAAAUUAUUAAAGGUCCUGAAAAAAAUAUUUUAAAGCCAAAAGCAGCCAGUAAGAUGGUGGUAUCUGAGCUAAAAGAAGAACUAGAAGCCCAAGGUCUCCCUACUGAUGGAACUAGAAAUGUGCUCUAUCAACGGGUUCAAAAAGCUAGGAGAAUAAACAUCUCACGCGGUCGGCCACUAUGGGUUCCUCCCAUAGAGGAAGAAGAGGAGGAGGUUGAUGAGGAGCUGGAUGAACUAAUUUCUAGGAUCAAAUUAGAAGAAGGCAACACAGAAUUUUGGAAGCGGCGUUUUCUUGGGGAACAAGUCAUAUAUGAGUAUACUAAGCCUUUGGAUGGGCAGAAAUCAGAAUCUCUUGACAUAAUGGAUGAUGCUGAUAUUGUUGAGGAUACUUUAAAAGAAGUUGAAGAUGAUGAAGCUGAUGACGAGGAGGAAAUGGAAGUGGAAGUGGAGGUGGAACAAGCUGAAAGUCAGGUAGACAUGGUUGACAGGGUGAAGGACAAGGAAGCUGAAACUAAGAAACCUCCUCAAAUGAUUGGAGUUCAAUUGUUAAAGGAUAUAGAUCAAUCAACAACCUCAAAAAAAUCAAGGAGAAGGGCAUCUAGGGCAGCUGAGGAUGAUGAUGAUGAAGACUGGUUUCCCUUAGAUUUGUACGAGGCAUUCGAAGAAAUGAGGAAAAGGAAUAUAUUUAAUGUUCAAGACAUGUAUACUCUCGCAGAUGCCUGGGGAUGGGAAUGGGAAAGGGAACUGAAGAACAGACCUCCCAGGAGAUGGUCUCAAGAAUGGGAGGUUGAAUUGGCAAUUAAAGUCAUGUCAAAGGUAAUAGAAUUGGGUGGUAUACCAACUAUAGGAGAUUGUGCUAUGAUCCUUCGAGCUGCCAUCAAAGUUCCUCUUCCUUCAGCCUUCUUGGCAAUCUUACAGACUACACAUAGUCUGGGCUACAGAUUUGGAAGUCCAUUGUAUGAUGAAAUCAUCACUAUUUGUCUUGAUCUCGGAGAACUCGAUGCGGGUAUAGCCAUAGUUGCUGAUAUGGAAACCAGUGGAAUGACAGUUCCCGAUGAGACACUCGACAAGGUGAUCGCUGCUAGACUAAUUUCUGAUAGUUCUGUGGCUGAUGAGGCUUCUUAAUUAAUUUUUACAAUUCGUUGUAGAUAAUUCGAACUUUUUUCCCUUUAUUGUUACUUACACUAAUCAAAUAGCUUUAGGCAUUGUAGUCUUUCCAUAAUAAAUCUUAUUAAAGUAAAUUCAGAGUAAAAUUAAUAGGAAUGCGUGUUGUGAAA